CAGUAGUGAGAGAUAGCAGGAAAAGAGGAAGAGAGAAGCUGGGGAGCUGGUGGCUCUCAUGUCCCUGGCCUGGCCUGGAGCGGGGGAGGCAGCGUCAUUGCUGGGAAGCCGGAUGAGCCGAGAUCGGGAGGGGGUGGACUCUGCCUUUCAUUUGUUCGAGAUAACCGAGGAGGCUGGGCUUGCAAAUAUUCUCCCCCAGAGCUGCAGUAGAGUUGGGGAGAAGGAGGAAGCGCCGGCUCCCGUUGUUUUAAAAAAGGGAGGGAAGAGGUGGAGGGGGCUGGGGUUCGGGGGGACUGGAGGGAGGGACGGAAAGGUAAGAGCUAGAUGAAGAAAAGUUCCCAACCGCUUAGGUUUUCCGGCCUUCCCUCCUCCCGCCAGCUGUGCCCGGGUUGGUUGGAAGAGUUCAUGGACCAGCAGCAAAAUCCAGCCUUGGGGAUCGUGAGCGAGCUUCGCUAGAUAUGCAGAUCUGCUAGUUACGUAAAGGAGCAUCCCAUGGGACAGCCUCUUCCUGCUCCGGUGUGUGCCUGGUGGUGGUGCCUUUUCCUGUGGUGGGCAAGAUGUCCCACAUGGGCAGAAUUCUUGAAUUCAAGUGUCAACUGCUACUCUGACUAUGAUAGCUUCUUUGGCUGUGAAUGGAAGACAAACAGGCCGACCAACUGCAGUUCUGAAUUCCAGCUGUAUUACAAUCAAACUAAUUCUCAUCUAUCUGGGAACUGUACUGCUGAGAACAAGAGAGCUAAUGAAGUCACCUUACCCUUGGAGUGUGUGUGCCAAAACAAAGUGAGUGACUUUGCAAUUGCAGAUAUGUACCAGCUGAAGAUUCAGACUGGCAAACAGGUCCUGUGGGAAAAACAUGACUUCAUACCUUUUCAAAGUGUGAAGCCAAGAACCCCAACAGACCUUGUCAUCUCUGAAGCUCCAAAUGAUGCCUUAAUCCUGACUUGGAACAGUACUUAUUCUUCAGAAAAUACCUAUAUGAACAACUAUUUCAUCUAUGAGGUCGAAAUUUUUGAGAAAGAUCACAUGCCUCCUGUCAAAAAAUGGGAGGUCUUUAAAAAACCCAACCUGACGAUUUUUGCUUAUCAACUGAAAAAUAAAUGUUUCCACACUGCUCGAGUAAAAUCGAAAGUUUUCGAUUCCUAUACUGGACCAUGGAGUGAUUGGAGUCAAACCAUCAAGUGGUAUAAUGAGUAUCCUGAAAAAUCACUCGGGCCCCUGGAAUUAGGGGUGCCCAUUUUCUGCAUCCUGAUACUGUUUGUUAAUAUCUUGUGCUAUUUCAGCGUCAUCAAGAUUAAGAAAGUGUGGUGGGAUCAGAUCCCCAACCCAGCCCAUAGUCAUUUAACUGCAAUCAUUAUUCAGGACUCACAGCUUUCAUCAUGGAGGAAGCUGCAUAAAGCAAAGGAAAAGAAGAGUUUUCCACACUGGAAGAUAUGUCUCUCCAAAGUGUUUCCCUGUUUGCUUAGCCACAACCUAACAGGCAAAGAAGAGUCUCCUCAUUCUGCAAAGGACAGCCACUUUCCUCUCCCCAGCAAGCGAGAAGGCUGGCCAGUGGAAGUCUACAGAGCUGUCUUAAUGCCGGAGCAGAUUAGUGUGGUGCAGUCAAUGGAGCUUUAUGAGCCUGAGGUGGAAAGUGAGAAAGGGGAUGAUGAUGAUGAUAUUUCCUUUAUCCCUUCCCCAGAGAACAGUGCAAGCAGCUUCAUACAGAACAAAGAAGCACUGGCAGCCAGGUUUGCCCAGACAUUGUUCUUUGAUCUCAUAGGAGAGGAGACUUUUAUGUCGUGUUCCAACCAGCCAUCUGAGAAAUACAAGGAUUUGGCAAAUGCAACUGAGUCACCACUGAAGGAAAGCAAAGAUCUGAGCCAGAGCUGGGCCAACCCUACCGGGCCAGGUUCACCCAUUUUUCAGAAUGGUUUCCCGAGUGAUCCACACAUUUCUGAAACUGUCUGCCAGAGCCCUUGCCAAGAUGCCACUUCUUCCAAGAUCAGACAGCCCCCUGAGCCCCAUCAAGAACAGCAGCAAUUUCCUUCAGCUACCCAAAUGCAGAGCACCGGAUUAGCAUUGGUGUUGGAAGUUCCCCAAAUCGUCGCUGAUAACACUGGCUAUCGAAGUUUCAACAGCCUCCUGGCUCAGUCCAUGCCCAGGACUGAGGAAGAGUUGAGUCCUCCCUUAGGUUUGUCCAACUGGUCAUCAGAGGAAAUGGCCCCAUGCUGUGAAGAACCUGAUCUACAGCAUGAGAUGAAUUGCUCAGAAGACUCUAAGACCUCUCCUGCCCAUGAUGGUGAGCCGUCUUCUUUGCUCCAGCCAGAGGAAGAGAGCUGGGAGGAAAUCCUAAGACAGAGGGUUCUCAGACAAGAAGGAGCUGUCACUUGCCCCACCAUUUUAGCAACAUCAGGCUACCAGUGUUUUGACAAUGCUGUAAAGCAAGGAAAUGACCAGAAUUAUGAGGCAGCUAGCUUUAAUGUCCCCAAAGAAUCAGGAUAUCGAUCUUUUGCAAGUCUCCUAAAUGACACUAGGGAAAAAACCUCUGCAGAGACCUUUGGGGAUAAGUCUGAGUCUGGAAAAGGAGAAGGAGGAUACCAGCCAUUAGAAAACCUUAAUUCCUCUAGCCAAGAGACAGAGAAAGGGACUCUGCUUCCUCUAUUUACCUUUGGUAUGGAUUUAGGAGAAGAAGCUCUCCCUCAGAAAUGCCAGCAUGGCCCCAUGCCAUCCAAUCUCCUCAAGAUGUACAGUCCCAACAAUACAUCUGAAGAAGAGAUAGAGAAGUGCCCUCUGACAUCAGACAGGGAGGGCACCACAAAGCACAAGGACACCCCCGAGGGGUCCCCAAGCUGUGCCAAGUUAGAUUUCAACAAUAGCAUCGUCUAUUCCACCCUGACAUGUCAUCUAUGUGGACACCUAAAGAGAUGUCAAAGUUCAGGUGGAAAUUAUAUGCCCCUGGGUGAUGCCCAGAGAACAGAGUGCAACUGUGUGGUUGAAAACCUAGUAAUAUUGCCUCAGCCUCUCCUAAAAGCCAAUAGUUCCUUCCCUUUGGAACAAAUGGAGAGUCUAGAGAGUGGUGUGCCAAGGACCUCUUCUGUGGAGCCUCUAGGGGAGAGCCAUUCCAAGGAAGAGUCUUCUCUGGGAGUCUGUGUGUCUCUCCUUUCUCAAGACUGGGAAGACCCAUGUGGCUCCAAUCCAGAGAAAUGUAAAGGGAUCACCCACCUAAAGCCCAACCCAAGCCAAUCCUUCAGCCCUAGCAUGGCAGACUGUGAGCAUGAGGGCAACACUUACAUGAAAAUUUCUUAGAGAAGUUUUGGGGAGCUUGGCAAUCCUCCCAGUCAACAGUGAGGUGCACUUGGCUUAGGGAUGAGUGAAUUUCCUUUGUGCAUAAAAGACUGUGCAAGUGGAUCCUUACUGAGCAGAAGCUGGCAUGCCAAUCCAGUUCCCUGAGCAGGCAAUGGUUAUCCAUCUAUGACAGCCUAAUGUCUGUUCACUAUGGGUUAAAGGGGAGCAGUCUCGAGUCUCAGAGCAGUUUUAGUUCUGGAGGCUCCUUAAGCAGUGUGCCAUAGGGUAAAGAAGCAGAGAAGACUCUACAGCCCUCUUUCCAUUCUCUUUUCAAUUUCAAUUAGCUCAAUUUAGGCUACCCACUCCUUACUAAAAAACAAGGACCUCAGAGUAGCCAAUAAAUAGUCCAGAAGUUUGGGGGGCAACCACAAAAUUCCCCUCAAAGCUGGGCACUUCUCAGGAAGAGCUUUGGAGAAGCCCAGGGGAGACACAGUUGGUGACUUACAGAGGAAAAGCCCCUCAGAGUUCUGAAUGCUCAUGAAUUUUCUGCCACUAAAUGCUCAGAAUCCCUUAUACUUUCCUUCAAUUAUUUUAUGACCUGAUGAUUGUAGAAGAUGCACUUCUCCCUGUACCCUUUCCAGUGAAUACUCUUAUCUUGGUGAUUUCUAACUGGGGUUUAUUCCACUUCUCACUUGUCACUCUUGAACCUAGAAAAGUCCAAAGUGCCUUCUGGAAAUCAUAGAACAUUGAGAUUAGAGUUUAAAGGGAACUUUGAACAUAAAAUGUUCAAGGAGAAAAGGACCUUAGAACAUAGAAUAUUGUAGCUAGAAGUAUGAAGUCUUUUACAGAUCUUCUGUAAAAGUAAGUCCUGAUCAGGAAUUUGAAACAACUUGUCCUGGGUCAAACACAGCUCAGAAAGUGGCAGACUUAGGAUUCAGACUCAGGGCUUCUGACUAUAAGUUACUGCACUAGCCACAUGCUUCUCUUCCAAAUGAAAUAUAAUAGGGAACCCUCUAAUUAUUACUACUAAUAAUAGCUAGCAUUUAAAGAGGGCUUUAAGGUUUUCAAAGUACUUUACACAAAUUUUCUUAUCUGAUCUUCGCAACAACCCUGUAAAGUGGAUUCUACUAUUAUUCCUGUUCUAUAGAUUAGGAAACUGAGGCUUAGAAAAAUUAGAUACCUUCCCAACGGAAAUACCCCAGGCAUAAGGUCAGUUAUAAGGAUUUUUUGGGCUUCCCACUAGUUCCUGCUAUAUAUUGGGGUCCUGAAUAGAAAUAGCCUCCAAAGUUACUCCCUAUAUGAAAUGAAAAUAUUUUAUGCUCUGUGACUUCCACCAUUUCUGUAUAAUGAGGACAUGUAGUCCAUUUCUGAUUUUCCAUUUUGUUCCUUUGCAUCCAAGCCUUUUGUUCCUCUUCUAUCUUUUGGACAUUGCCCAACUCCAUCAGCAAGAGGCUGGAGUGAGUGGGGCUUCAGUCUUAGCUCCUGUUGAAUAACUUCGGUGAAUUCAAUUCAAUGCAAAAAAACCCCACAUUUUUUAAUGCUUCUUUUUUACCAAUUAUGUAUUAACAAAUUUCCAUGUAAGUUUUCCAAAGUUACAUGAUGGAGCAUUUCUCCCUUCCCUCCCCCCUCAUAGAGCUGGCAAGCGAUUUGCUCCAGGUUCUACAUGUAUUAUCACGAAAAUAUAUUUCCAUAUUAUUCACUUUUGUAAGAGCCUAAUCAUAUAAAGCCAAAACCUCAAAACAUAUACCCAAAUAAACGAGUGAAAAUCAUAUGUUUUUAUCUGUAUUCCAUCUCCAACAGUUCUAAAAGAAAGCAUUUAUUGAGAACUAUGUGCUAAGCAAGGCGGCUUGGUGGCUCGGUCGAUAAAAGCACUGAACCUGGAGUCAAGAAAACCCGAGUUUAAAUUUAGUCUCAGACUUGUACUGGCUGUGUGACCCUGGGCAAAUCACUUAACCUAUAUUUGCCUUAAUGCACUGGAGAAAUGGCAAACCACUUCAGUAUCUUUACCAAGAAAACCUCAUGGACAGUAUGGUCCCAGGGGUCGCCAAGAGUUGGAGAGACUGAUUCACCUGAACAGCAACAAAUGUGCUAAGCAGCGGAGACAAGAAUGCAAACUCCUUGUCCUCCAGGACUUUGGAUUCUGUUGGAGAUAGGUGACAGGAAGAGAACUGGGCGAUAUUCAGCCAGCACCAGUCGCCCCCUAUUAUUCCUCUGUGCCAGGGCAAACACCAGAGCCAACCAUGGCUGGUCCUCCAACUUCCUCUCUCAGCAAAUAAAUGCCUCCGCAUUUUGCUUAAUGUGGAAAUCAUUGUGACUGGAGGCAGAUGAGAAUUCCCAGCAGUCACUCUCACACUGGCCUCUGAGGUGUCCUAGCUAUGUGGUCUAGUAGCCAAGACCGGGAAAAUAUGGAGAAAGUCGGAGGAAUAUUCUGGAAAUGCCAGGGACAUUGUAUUAUAAAGAUUUGUAUUUGCUAUAUGGGUUUUUUUUUUAUUGGAAUGUGUUUGUGUGUGUGUUUGUGUAUGUGUGUGUGUAGAGCAAAGCUGGGGGGGAGGGGAAGGUGGGGAAAGGGACAAUGAUGUUAUAUGUCUACUCUUUGCUUUAAAUAAAUUCAUUUCAAUUCAACAA